AUGGCCGACUUCAUAAUCACCCCGGAUCCGAAUCUGCAUUUGGCAGACUCGAACAAACGCGACCUUGAAGACUGGAAAUCCGAGACCACGUCUAUCGCCUCCUCCUUGUAUAAAGGAUUCAUGGAAAAUGGCCGACGAUAUCAAACCCUGAGAGCUGCUGGAUAUUUCAGCCCCUCAGACGAACAACAGUUUGAGACGUAUGAAAUGGGACAUCUUGCAUGUCUUCUCAUGAACGCUGACGCGCCAAAUCCACUGUACCUAGCACCGGUCCAGACGCCAAAGCAUGUGCUCGAUAUUGGGACAGGACAGGGCUCAUGGGCUAUCGACGUUGCCGAUAUGUUCCCCCACGCUAUUGUCCGAGGUGUCGAUUUGUAUCCUCCGCCCGACAGUUGGGUCCCGCCAAACUGCAUCUUCGAAGUAGACGAUGUAUUGCAGCAGUGGACCUGGCGUGCAAAGUUUGACCUGAUUCAUCUACGUCACGGUAUUGGGGCCUUUACGCCGGACGAAUGGGCUUCACUCUACAAACAGUGCUAUGACAACCUCGAAGCUGGCGGCUGGUUUGAGCAGAUAGAAAUGGAUAUCCGCUGUGAGUGUGACGAUGGCAGCAUACCAGCGGAUAGUGUCCUGUUCACUUGGGGGCCUCGGUUCUUCGCCGCUGGCAAAAAACUGGGAAAAUCCCUUAAUAUCACGGAAACUAUGCGCUCAUCUAUUGAGAGAGCUGGGUUCGUUGACCUUCAUGAAAAGACUACGAAGUGGCCUAUUGGGGCAUGGCCGAGAGACAAAGCAUUAAAAGAGGCCGGCUUAGUUAAUAUUCAGCAUUGGCUCGCGGGCAUGGAGGGCUACUCGAUGUACCUGCUUACUAAAUUCGGAGAUCCGGCGCCAUGGACAAAGGAGGAAGUGCUAGUCUAUGUUGCAGAAAUGCGGAAAGCACUAAAAAAUCCUCACUUUCAUGCCUAUCAGCGCGCGAAGAGAAUUUGGGCCAGGAAGCCCCUGUCUGAGGAGAGGACUGUGACCAAUGAGCGUCCAAGUAUCAUCAAGCAGGAAUGA